GUUUGGGCGGGCGCCGUGUCAAAAGAGUUUUAGAACGAUUCAUUGUAUUCGAUACGUGUAAAAAUUAAGAACCUUGUAUUUGUAUUAAAUUGUAUUAAAAUAUUAAAAGAUGGGUGCUGAAGAUCCUAAUGUAUUAGUUGCUGUUGAGUUUGAAGUAUAUGGACAAGUUCAAGGUUGUUUUUUUACCAAGUACUGCAAAGACUUAGCGGAGCAGCUCGGAAUUUGUGGAUGGGUGAAGAAUACUAAAAAUGGCACCAUAGUUGGCAAGGUGCAAGGAACGAAGUCAAACUUGGAUUAUAUGCUAGACUGGCUUAGCACGAAAGGAUCUCCUGGCUGCAAAAUAGAAAAAUGUGAUCUUAGAAACUGGCAAUACCUGUCGCGACUUGAUUACAACAACUUCAGUAUAAGAUUUUGAAUUAGUUCAUUAAAUUAUAAUUAUAAAUUGUGUUGUUUAUUACCGCUAUUAAUAUCAUAAUUUUUCUAAAUA